AUGAAUUACUUACUGAAGAGUUACGAACAGCCAUUUAAUGAGGUCAAAGGUCCAACGACAUUCAACACAUUCGUUAGCAAACCCGAUGCACAUCUCGCAUCCCAUUGCAAUUCAGUUGUUAAUCAUGACAACAAAAGAUUAGAUUUCGAUUGUACUUUUUUUCUCUGCAAUUUGAACGCAUUGCAUUUAUGGUUUAACACUCAGAACGCAGUAUUCCGCGUUCUGAUUCCUGCAGAUGAGCAAAGGAAUAUAAAGCCUUGUCAUUCAUUCGGUGGACAGUUUAAAAAAUAUUUUGGAAUAAACAGAAAGCAAGCAGCAAGCCAAAACAUGAAAUUUUCAUCCUAUUAUUAA